CUUGUUUUUCUUGCUUUUUUGUCGUCACCCAUGGAGAGGAAAUCACUUGCCAUGUUUUUCUUGCUUCUCAUUGCAUUUUCCUCGCAAGUCGUGGUGCAGACAGAGGCAAGAUUGUGCGAGUCACAGAACCAUGGUUACAAAAGUGCAGGUUUGGUUGACAACAACUGUGCACUUGUUUGCAUGUACGAAGGUUUCUCUGGUGGAAGAUGCAGAGGCUUCCGACGUCGUUGCUUCUACACCAAGCUUUGUUGAAUGAAUGGCUUAUCAAUGCCACAUGAUUAAGAGUUGAGACUAAUAAAUUUACCUAAUCACUGUCACUCGUUUUGGUGUAAUGUGCUAGCUUUGGUUU